GGAACUGCCAUUUUAAAUAUUUGAGGAAGUUGAGAAAUAGCCAGCGAUUCAUUAUUUUAAGUUUUUGUGGAGGCGGUCGAAAAUAGGUUGUGGUCAAAAAUAGGUUGUUCCGGGAUACUGUAUGUGGUGUCAGCUCGGUGUUAAAACCUGCCUGUAAACCUCUGCUUUCAAAAUUUUCUUCAUCAGAAGUUUCUGUUAUGCAGUCUCUUGAGUUCUCUUCCUCAGUUGACUGUUCAGCUCGACUAUUCGAAGAAUAAGGAAAACUAUAUUACUCACCCUGGGGUCGGCGUCACACCUUGGUUAAGGUUUUGCAUGAAUUUAAUAUGGAAGGCAAGCUGAAAGUGUUGAAGUAUGGAUACCCAGAGCAACCUAAAUGGAGGCAGAAUUUCGUUGGUCCUACAGUUUCUGUAAUGCUAACAGACAUUCUAAGCUAUUCAGAACGGUUUAACAUAUUAAAAGAUCAUGCUAAGGGCAUCCAUCAGAAGUUAGUGGAUCUUCGUAGUAAGAUCAAGACCGCUAAUAGGGAUUUGCUGCUUAAGUAUUUAGUAAACGUGCAGCAGGAGGAAGAUAUUGGUGUGAAAGAUGAAGGAAAAACACUCGAGAUUUUAAAACCCCUCUAUAAAACAAUUUGUGAAUUUGAAAUACCAUUCUGCGAUUAUGAUGAUUUGUUUUUUGAUGUUUUUGAUAACUCUGACACUGAAAGCAUGGAAAUGAAUAUUGAAACAGAAGAAUACUCGCCACCUAUUUUAGGGCCUUUUCAAAGCUUAGAGGAUGAUCAUACAUCUAAUGCUGAAGAGGAAGGUUUGAAAAAAAGAGUAGCUGAAACAGAAAACUUGUGUGAGGCUUUUGGAGAGAUAGCUUUUGAAAUAAAUGAAACCAAACACCAAACAACUAAACAGGAAUUUGAAUCUGAUAUCGGUUUGUUUCAAAGGGAAAUGUUAGAAGGAUUACAUAAACUUUUAAUGGAUGGGGUAAUGGGCGAACACACAACAUUACCUGGACACUACAGCACUCAGAGACGCAUAACCAGACAUCAUGGUGAAGGUCAUGAAUAUCCUCAAUUUCAAACUGAAUCCAUUGCAGAAAAAACUGUACAAUACUUAAUUGAUAGAUACAACUCAAUGCGUGAUGAAAUACAAAAGGCAAAUAUUUCUGAAGAAGAACGUCUUAAAAUGUUAUUCAAAUGUGCAAGUAGUUUUCUGUUUACAUUCCUACAGCUUCAUCCUUUUGCAGAUGGCAAUGGUCGUCUUGCGAGACUUUUGGCAAGCUACAGCAUGUUGUCAUUUUCACCAUUUAUGACACCAAUAUACAAUGUGUUUAGUAAAUCUUCUGAGAAGGACUACAUAGAUGCUCUCGUUAAAGCCAGGCAAAAUCUUGACCCAUAUCCUCUUAUCACAGACCAAAAUACUGGUUUCAUGUUAGUAAAUUCUUUACUCCAGCAAGAACCAAGUGACCUGUUUGCAAUGCUUGUAGAGUCAAACUGGUCUAUGUGGCGUCAGUUUCUUAUAAGACUUGGGGAUGAAAGUGUAGAGUUGUUCGAAUGGGAAAAGCGCCCAGAUUACAUGUAAACAUUGAGGAUGUAUCUGUAUCCCACAGACAAUACAGGAUUUAUGACACGGUGUAAAGAUGUUAAUAUCUAUUGAUAUUGUAAAUUUGCAUUGGUGUGUUUCAUGGUGCACUUUCAUUGACAGUUUUGAUUUUUUUAAAUAUCUCAGAAUCAGCUAUUUUGGCACAAUGCCUUCAAUUCAGUCAUGUAAGAUACCGGUAGCUCACAGUAAAACUAUCUUAAUUGUUUGGAACACUGACAUCAAUUUUGUAUCUUUAAUAUUAAAAACAGUGAUUUUAUCUUUUAUCUCUCA